AUGGAGCCGGUUCAAGUCGGUGGCGGCAUACCCAAGGAAUCCAAGCACAAGUGGAUGGAGCCUCGCGUGCAGUCAGAGAAAGCCUCCCUGCGCCGAAGCCGCUUCACUGCAGGCUUUGCCUGCUGUGCGUUGGCAUUCUUGGCCACUCACUUCGGAGGUAGCCGACUUUUUGUUGCCUCUCCAGCGGAUAUAAUGGCUCGGACACAGGCCCGGUCACCUUCUCUAGUGAUUUGUGCCGCAGAACCGAAGCCUGGUGGUGCGCCUGUAGAGGUGGAAGAGGAGGCGGCACCUUCGAGUUUCAUGAAGGUGAAGAUUGGUAAAAAGGAGUACACCAUCAACGAGCAGGAUGACCGCAAGACCAGAAAGACCAAGUGGCUGCGGUCAUUGAAGGGCAAGUUUGUGUACCGCGGUCCAAAGCCAUACGAUCCAGACCGCUUUACCAAGGUUUCCAUGUCCACAACAUUGAUGCCGAAGCAAGCUUCCAACACCAAAAUCAUGAACCAGGUGAUUGAGGAGCUUCGGCGCAUCAGCGGCAAGCACCCCGUGGUGGUCAAGGCGAAGGUGAACAAUGCAAAGACCGGAUUGCGAAAGGGUGAUGCCUGUGGUGCAAAAGUGAGCUUGGAAGGCCAGCUGAUGCAUGACUUUCUGGCAAGGCUUAACACCAUCAUUCUUCCUCGUGUGCGAGACUUUGAAGGUUUGUUUCCAAAUUCCUUUGACAACAACGGAAACUACUGGUUCAGCGUGCCCACUCAGGAAGCUUUCAAAGAGCUCGAUGAGUUGGUGGAUUCGCGGGAGAUUGUCCAUGGCUUCCAGAUUGGCAUCCUCAACAACUGCUUCACACAGCCGGAUGCCUUGAAGCUGAUGAAGGACUUUGGCUUUCCAUUUGGUGAUCCACGUCCUGCCAGAGUGCGGGUUUCAUCGGACCCCUAUGCGAAGUUCAAGAAGCGCGCCAAGAAGGUCAGAAAGGGCCUCAAGAAGGCCGCCCUGGUGUGCUCAGGCACCGGUCGAGGAGGUGUGGUAGAGCCCGUGGACUUCAAAGCUACGUCCAGCUGUGCUCCUGGUCCUGAUCGGCUGUGCGAGAUGUUUGGCGCGGAUGCCUGGUGGCAUUCUCAGGGUCUUUUUGCUGAUUUAGGCUGUGAAUGUAUUGUAUGCAAAGGUCAGGACUACCAAAGCAUGAACUCUCGGAUGAGAUCCUGCUCCGAGAUGUUCAGCAUCAUCGGCAGCAGAGGUUUGUCGUAUUCGACCACCUUUUCAGCUCCCCGAAGUUUGAAUGUGGCCAAGUACUCUAGCAGCUCUAGCAAGCCACAAACAGAGGAAGCGACCACCACGACCACCGGUAGCCCUGCGACCGAAGCCGCGACGUCUGACCCUGAAGCAGAGCGGCAACGGCUCUCUGCCGAGCGUGUGGCUGCUUUGAAGGCAGCAGUAGAUGAGGGCGAUUUUGGUAAGAUCAUCUCUGCCCUUGGCCUCCCGCUUUGGCUCCUUCCCGUUGUGGAGAUUGUGAUUGCCGUCCUGGAGCUGGGACUGAUCUAUGCUGGGAUCAAGCUAUUGCCACCAGAGCUGGGAUCCCGAGGAUUGAUCCAUAUGGAUUUCCACUUGGCCUCGGUCCGCCAAAAAGACGACAAAGAUUGCAUGUCGACAAAUGUCUUUUAG